AUGGAGACAUUAGAUGUUAGUAAUGAUGAUGAUGAUGAGAACAAAGCCGUACUGUAUCACAAUCUGGGUGUGGCAUGGGAGCGGCUAGGUCAUUACAAGAAAGCUAUUGGCUUUUACGAACAUGCGCACGAGAUCAACGUCAUCCUGUAUGGACAAAGUGCUGCUAAUCCUGGUGUGGCCUUGACAUUGAAUAAUCUGGGCGGUUGUUGGGCCGAAUUGGGUGACGACAACAAAGCUAUCGAAUUCUGCGAAAAGGCUCUGAACAUGUACAAGGGGGCCUACGGAUAUGAUGCGGCCCAUCCUGAAAUCGCCAUGACCCUCGCCAAUCUAGGUGGCUCUUAUCUGCGACUGGAAGAUUACAAGAAUGCCAUCGACUUCUUUGAACAUAGCCUCAAGAUGAGUAAACGUAUCUAUGGGAAAGACACACCGCAUCCAGUGACUGCCGGCAUUCUGUGCAGUCUAGGCUCUUGCUGGAGGGCAACUGGACAACACAAAAAGACUUUCCUCUUCUUAGAAAAAGCCCUUAGAAUGAACAAAACUCUAUACGGACACAACGCAGCCCAUCCCGAUAUCGCCACGAUACUUGUUAACAUCGGUACGACUUGGCGUAUGGAAGGUGAUCAGAUGAAAGCAAUGGGCUUCAUUAAGGCGGCACUGAAGAUGUACCAAACUUUAUACGGCAAAGACGCAGAGCACCCAGAUAUGGCUAAUAUUCUUAAGUCUCUGGGGGACUGUUUAGAUAGACUUGGUGACCACAAGGAAGCAGUUACCAUUUUCCGAAAGAGCCUAAAGAUGAUGAGGUUCCUCUAUGGUGAAGAUGCAGCACAUCCUGAUAUUGCAAUGACCCUCAACAGCUUGGGUAGCUCUUUCAGUUCAAUGGGUGAUUAUGCCGCAUCAGUGGCUGUUUACAAACAGGCUGUGGAUAUGUACCGAAUCAUCUAUGGCAAAGACCCUAAACCAGACAUGUCCAGGGUACUCUUAAAUUUUGGAAAAGCCUUGUGUGAUUUGGGCAACAACAGUGGAGCUAUAGGCGUCUUUGACGAAGCACUUGAGAUACUGCACCGUACAUAUGGUCAGCAGGCAGUGAACGGGGACAUUGCACAGAUUCUCAGCUCACUUGGCGUGGCUUGGAAUGCCGUGGGCGAUUAUAGGAAAGCAGUUGGUUUCUUUGAAAAGACGCUCAACAUGAAUGUAACUUUGCACGUGCAAGAUGCAACGCACCCAGAUAUCGUCAUGUCUCUAAACAACUUGGGAAGCACCCAUGACUCCUUGGGCGAAAAUCACAAAGCUAUAGCCUUCUACGAGCAAGCGCUGGAUAUGAGCAAACGUAUACACGGACCUGACGCUGAUCACGAAGACAUUGCCUGGUCACUCAGCAAUAUCGGGCAUUCCUACGGCGAUCUUUACGACGAGAAAGCCAUACGGUUCUACGAGCAAGCACUGGAGAUGCGGCAACGCAUGCAUGGAAGGGAGUCAGCACAUCCCGAUAUUGCAGAAUCACUUCACAACCUUGGGCUAACCUGGAAAGACUUUGGAGAUGAAGAGAAAGCUGUUUACUACAUCGAACAAGCACUGGCAAUAAAUAGACGAAUGUAUGAAAACAACUUGCCUUGCCCAUACAUUGUCAGCAUACUAAACACACUCGGGGUAUUGUUGAGUAGUCUCGGUGACAAGACUAGAGCCAUAGAUCUUUUUCAAGAAUCGUUAGCUAUUGGCAAACACAUGUAUGGGGACGGGACAGCACAUUUAGACGUGGUAGAGGCAAUGGACAAUCUGGGUAAUACCUGGAAGGACCUUGGAGAUUACAAACAGGCAGUCGACUACUACGACCUGGGUCUGAACAUGAAGAAACGUCUCUACGGACACGAUGGCGCUGAUCUUCACAUUAUCUCUUCGCUCAACAGUCUGGGUAUCUGUUGGAGUUCACUCAAGGAUCACCACAAAGCAUUGACAUUUUUUAAAGAAGCGCUGGACAUGAGCAGACGUGUAUACGGAGAAGACGCCGUGCAUCCCCUCAUCGCCUUGUGUCUCCGAAACGUUAGCAAAAGUUGGCACAACUUCGGCAACCAGAGGAAGUCUACAAAAUACUACCUUAAGGCAGUAGCGAUGGAGAUGAAACUUAGAGACGAACACACAGACAUCGAAACCGUCCAGUCCGAACCAAGCGGUGACCUCAAGAUCAUCAUCUAG